CUUGUUCUUGUUCGGGGUGGAUGAGGAUCGCUGGAGGCGAGAAUGUGAAGCUCUUCGAUGUCGCCAGGGUUGCGCUGGUGGAAUCACGCGAAGAUCGUCAAGCUUCUAGGAUCUGUGCGGCAGGCAUCCUCGAGACGUUUCGUUUAGCUCAAAGUCGUGGAGAGAUCGUCGUUGGAAUCUGGGGCAUGCAAAGCUCCAGGGAUGAUCACGCAAAGACGAGCACCUCCUUCGAUCAGGUAAAGCUUUCCUCCCUUUGUUCCUGGUCACGUAGUGAGCUUUUGCCAUGCUUCCUCAUAGAGUUUUUGUUCGGCCGAGCAGAAAGCUUGACGAUGGAUCGGUGCAUCUAGUACUGGAGGCAGU